CCAUUUCUAUAACAAAAUUAAUUUUACAUUCUUGUUUCAAUCAUUAUCAAAAUAAAACGUGUGCGGAAGAGUACCAGCUCACCUUCAAUCAUCAAAAACCUAUCUCGCCUCUUUUAAUUAACAGCAUUAAACAAAAAUUUUGUUUUUCUCUCAGAAUCAAAGAAACAUGGAAAAUAUGUUAAAAAAUUUUGUGAAUGGAAUUACUGGGGCUGACAACCGAAGAAAAAGCCUUAUAGCUCAAUCAUCGUCGUCAUCGGUAGCAGCAUCAGCAGCAUCAUCAUCAUCAUCAUCAUCCACCAGUAUAUCCCUUCCAAGAGAGGUGCCAAGAGCGGACAAACAAACUGAACGUAAUUUUAGCGGCAAUAGUAAUAGGUAUCUUAGCAAAAUGGAAACGACAAGGAAUCGAACCGAGAGUGAAAGUAGCAACGCAUCGAUGUCAUCUAUGUCGUCUAUUGGCUCACAGAAAGACAAGGACUCAUAUUUUUGGGUGAUGUGGCAUUCCUGAGUCAUUCACUCCAGAGUCGAUCGAUUGUUAAAAAAAGCAUAGUUCAUAGUACGAAUACUGGAUUAGUGUGUCGAUUCACAAUUGCCGAACAGCUAUCACCAAACGGACAUGCUUCCUUUCGAAAAUGGAGAAAUGCCAAUUUGGAUUGAUGUUUUAUGGUUUACAAUCGUAUUAAUUAUGGCUCCCGUACUUUUUUUAUUGACAAUGGCAAUAAGCGAAUUGCCCGUUCUUCUUUUUCGUAUGAUGCGAUUCAAAACCAAUUGAUUAAACAAACAAAAAAAUGAUUGUUUCAAAACAAAAUUUAUUGAUAUUCAAAAUGAAUAGGACAUAUCUGGUUUCGUUUCUCUCUCUCUCACACACACACACACACAUACCAGUCAAUAAUAAUUCAUUGAGGGCCUUGAAUGUAAAAUAGAUAAGUCUCUACCAUAAAAAUAAAACUGUGUGUCAAAAAAUCAAUCACCAAUUUUUUAGAGUAAGAUUUUGUACUAGAAUUAAAAUUAAUAAAUAUAAGCAGCUAAA